AAGCUAGCAGUCUGGCAGCACCGCCACUUUGGCCAAAGAUUGACUCUUAAUUAAAACGCAGAUGAAAUGGCCAGCGAUUUUCCGCCUUUGGCCAUCCGGAUUUGGAUGCACAAGCUGAAGAAGGGCGUGGGUCAGCCGGCGGCUAUCCUGGAGCGCUCCCUGCUGAACUUCAUGAGUGCAGGGGCGGCCAGUUUGUCGGUGGAGAAUGCGACGGAGCGGGGCAUCCUAGUCCCGAGGGCAGUUGGCGGAAGAGCCAAGCGGCUGACCCUGACCUUCUGCCAGAAAGUCAGCAGCCUGCCCAUCUCUAAAACUGAUACCUACUGUUUCGAGUGCCAUUUGCCAGGAGAGGUCAUGGAAUGCGCGUCCUGUGAGCGCUCCUUCCACGAGGAUUGCCAACGCAAGGAUCCCGAGAAGCCCAACUAUUCGGUGCCGUCGGACAAGGGUCAACCUUAUCGGUUCCCAGUCAACGAAUCGGACACGGAGCCCGAACACAACCAAAAUUCGAAUGCGAGCCAGACGUCCACGCCAAAGCCCCUGCUCGAUCACAAUAGCAACAUCAAUCAGGAUUUACUAGCCACUCCGGAAUUUCUCAAGCACGAGAGUCCCGAGUGGGACGACGAUGUCUUCUUCGUGAGCGAGCAGAAAGGCGCCCGCCAGCGAAAGCAGGCCGGGAUCAAGAACGAACUGCAAAGCAGCCUGGACUGCGAUGAGGACAGCGAUCUGGGGCGCUGCACCCGCUGCCGGCUGCUUUCCCUGGCCGCCAUUCACAAUCCCCCGCAGCUGGACAAACAGGAACUAGGCUGCCUUUUGAAAUACUCCUGGGACAAGCAUCACUCCUGGAUAACCAUGGAUGUGGCCAAAUACAUGGACAAGCACUGGAACGAACGCGACAAGGCACUGGUCAAGCGCGUUCUCUUCAAGUCAAAGAUCUUGGGAAUGGCCAACAUCGAGCGGAAUAUCGAGACGAAGAAGUAUACGUACCUAACAGAGUUCCUGGUCGAUCUGCUCGAUCUUCAGCACAACAUUGCCGUGUUCUUUGGACCCAAGAGUGAGGAGUACAAUGCCACAAAGUGGCUGGUGAGAGAUGUGGCGCACGACAUCCGGGAAAUACGACGAUGUCCCGACUGCUUUCGGUACUCCAACGAGGCUAGUCUGUCGGAUCUCUGGUUUGCCAAACCAUGCCUCCAGAGGCACGAAUUGGUCUUUGCCAAACAAACAGGUUCGCCACCAUGGCCGGCAAAGGUUAUGAGCGUGUCCAAAAAGCAUCCUAUUAAGUACGAUGUACGCUUUUUUGGAGGCUCUCAUUCCCGGGCACUCAUUUCAGAACGUGACAUCACUCCCAUCGAGUCGGACAUUCAGUCGCACAUUAAACCCCGCAACUCGAAAGCCCUGAGCGCCGCUUUGAGGGAACUGCAGUGCCACAUGAUAUUGUCCCACUAUUCCGCUUCGCUAUUCGGCUUCCAUGCCAAUCCCACCAUUGCCAAGAAUCUCAUACAGAUAGCCCUGUCGCAUUGCACGGAAUCAUCGGAAACCGCCACGGCUACCAAGCGAAGAAGGCCGUCCACUCCGGCCAAUCCAGGCACUGCGAAGAAGCGAAGGCUUAAUCUCACCACUCCGGAUGCCCCAUCGCCGGUGCCAAUUCAAGCAACGAAUCCUGACUCCGUUACCUAUGAUAAUCUAACCGCUGAAAUACUGCAGGCACACGAGAAUCUGCUGAAGUGUCAGAGCGAGCUGACCGCCAUGCAAAAGAAACUGGAUGAAGUCAAGCGGAAGCGGUGGUGCUACCACUGCCUGGAGGAGGCCGCCUUCGACUGCUGCUUCACUGCGUCCUACUGCAGCGCGGAGUGCCAGCGACGCGAUAAGAGACGCCACCAGGCCACUUGUAGAGUCAAUCACCUAAAAUAAGCCACAUGUUGAAAGCAAAUUCGAGAUAUUUAUUAAUGUCGUUUUCUGAAAAUGGAUUACUUUCAAUCCAACGUGAUAAAAUCUCGUUACCCACAAUCCCAUGUAUCGUUUUGUAAGAUACUCUAAAGUAUUCCAAGAAUUUCUGUAAACGUAAUAUAUUAAAUGAACGUAAUGGUUAGCUAAA